AUGUCUGACCAGCACCGAGUCGACGAAAGAUCCAGCAGACGCUCUUCUGAAGGCAUCUCCGAUGUACAGGACCGCCCAGAAGGGUCGCCUCAGAAUAAUGGCUCGAAAUUGUGCCAAAACAACGAAAAGAAGCCAGAGAAAAUGGAGACUGGCAAGGAACACGUCAAUUCAGAUAGUAUUGGGGUCGAACCAUCUUCGAGCUCGGGAAUACAGGAAGAAGCUGGCGUCGAGGGUGACAGAGGUGCGAAGAAGUCCAGACCAGAUGCUGGUUUAAAGGCAGGCAAUGACCCGUUCAAAUACGAGGACAAGCACCCCGAAGAUAAUAUCUACGAAGAGACAGCCCCGAAUGCGAGAGCUGGUCUUUUCUCAGCAGUGGUGACAACCUUCGUAUCGCAAACAUCACAGAGCCUACAGGCGGACUAUACUCAGGUAUCGGCAUCCCUGCUCUUCGAAAUGGUCCUCAUUCAGCGCGCCCUUGCGAAUGGUUCUUCUCUCGACAACGUUCCAGUGUCUUCUCUCAAUCCAUACACCGCGUUCACUCCUGCAACUACGGACGUCUGGGUGAACGGGCUAUGGUUCACGAGCCUCUCCCUUAGUCUAGCAACUGCCCUAGUCGCCGUGCUCGUGAAACAGUAG